AUGGAGAAUCAACUUAACGAUGAUGAAUACUUCAGGAGUUUGCCUGCUGGUUUUCGUUUUAAGCCUACUCAUGGUGAACUUAUUGUUCAUUACUUGAUGAAAAAGAUCAUGAAAGAAGAGCUGCCUCGCAACAAGAUUAACGUUGUUAAUCUAUACGAGUUCAACCCUGAAAUACUUGCCGUGAAUAAUCCGCCACCAGUGCAAAAAUCAAGUGCAGAUGACAUGAAGUUGGACGAUUGGGUUCUGUGUAGGAUCAGAAAGAACGAGAAUAGAAAGCGAAAAAGAGAUGAUCAGAUUCAAGAACCAGAUAAUAACACCGAUGAAAGUGCAUGUCACCAAGAAGACUCCAUCCAUGUCGCACCGGAAGACAAUUCACCUCAUUAUAAAUCCGAGAUGGUAUUGGCUGAUUCCUAUAUCAACGAUAAUUAUCAGAGUCUCCUUAAUGCGGAUGUUCAUAAUUCUUUCUCCAUUCCCCAACAUCAGAAUGUAGUUCCAUACUGUAAUCCAGUUCCCAUUCCCAUUGUUCCACCAAAUCAUUGGAUGGGAGGUUAUGUUUACAGCCAAUAUCCAGUUGACUAUAUGACGGACGUGAGCGGAGGACUAUAUCAGGAGCUCAUUGGAAUUCCAGAGAUGGACAUAAACAGGUUCUUGGGUUCGGUUCCUGGUAGACAUCAAGAGAGCCCUGGAUUGGAGUCAUUGGACAGAAUUUGCAAUGCAGGUCAUGACCUCAAAAUGAAGUAUUACCAUAAAAGUUGCCCUUAUGCAGAAGCCAUUGUGAAGGAUAUUACGAGGAGUAAAGUUGCACCAAAUCCCAGCUUGGCAGCUAAAUUAUUAAGGCUUCAUUAUCAUGACUGCUUUGUUAGGGUAUGA